GUGGGAAGUGGAGGCGCCAGUUCCGUUCUCUAAUCCCAUCGUCAUUUCGGUUCGGCGAAUUUCCAAGAUUCUUACAGGGUUUUACGAGCUCGAAAAUGGUGGUUCGAAUUCGAUUGUCUAGGUUUGGUUGUAAGAACAAGCCGUUUUACAGGGUGAUGGCUGCCGAUAGCCGAUCUCCUCGAGACGGCAAACAUCUCGAGGUUCUAGGUUACUAUAAUCCCCUGCCAGGUCAAGAUGGUGGUAAACGAAUGGGUCUUAAUUUUGAAAGAGUGAACCAUUCAGUCGUCACUCUCUCCCAUCCUUCUAGGUAUUGGCUUUCAGUUGGUGCUCAGCCUUCAGACCCUGUGCAGCGUAUUCUUUUUAGAGCAGGAGUACUUCCACCACCCCCAAUGGUUGCAAUGGCACGUAAAGGCGGGCCACGUGAUACUCGUCUCGUUGAUCCUCUGAGUGGACGCUUCGUGACUCCGGAGAAGCCAACUGAUAGUUCCAGUGGCAAAGAUGGCGAUGCUGAUUCAUAAUGUUCUUUCAGAAGAAUCUCUGGAAUCUUUCAAAUGAGAUUUCCAACUCGUCCUUUUGUUCGGGUAAUCGGUCCAUUUACUUUUGAUUACAAGACGAGUGGUUUUUGAUGGGGAAUUAGGAAAAGCCAAGUAGUAUAAUUAGGAAAUUAGUCUAUUUACGAGCAAUUUUAUAUGCUAUAUUUAAUAAUAUCUGAGGAGGUUUUCCAUAGUUUCAAGUUUGGCAUAUAAUUUCAGUUUAUUCUGGAACAUUAAGAUGGAGUCUGUAAGAUAUUAUGAAUGUCCAAUCUCCCAGUACCAAAGUAUAUGGCUGUCGGACUGAGCUUAUCUCAUUGAAUGUUAGCCAUUACAUUGAAAAUUGUUGUCUAAUUUAAACAUGAUUACAUCUCUGUUCCAUUCUUCCUUUUGUUAUGUCAAUUAAAAUGAGAGAGUUUUCAUUUC